GAGUCGUUAGCAGCGUUGUGCCUGCUUCUAUCAGUGUACUGUCAGUGUACCUCUGGCUGUAGCCCGUUCAUAUCACUUUCAUUGCAGCUAUUAUCUUCUCGAAGUAUUCAGGCUUAAACACAGAUACGCGUCUGCUCGGCUCAGGACGUAUCCGAGUAAUACCGUUGGGGUAGAUGAGCUAUGAUCACAUGGGAAGAGUCCAUUUAGUUCCAGUCCUUUUAGUUCCAGUCAACUCUGUUGGUCUAGUACCUUGCCUUGCCUUGAGCUAAUAACGCGCCCCUUUUCACUGAGCGAACAUGGGUGCUUUCUCUCUCGCUGCUGUCUUGUUUGUUGUUGCUUUAGGUGUACUAUAUCAAACGGCGGUGGCGCCCCUACUUCGUGUUGGAGGCGUCUUUCGCAAUGUAGAACCUCUAAACAAUCAGCAUUGCAAAGUAGUCCCAGCAUUAGAGGGCUGUGAGAAGGCUAUACUCCCUGAUGAUUCUUCAUCCAUCUACGUUGCCUGUUCUCGUAUUGCCGGAAGACCCUAUUGGCUUCCUAGCGUUUCGCAUCUGAAUGCGUCAGGCAAGCCUACCGACGAUUAUGUUGCUGCCUACUCUCUUGAUACAGGAGAGAUCACGCGUCUCACAUUGUCCGGGUUCGAUUCGCCGAGAGGUUUAUCUGUCCAUGGCAUGGAUGUUGUACCAUCAGCUUUGGACCCUACGAAGCUCUUUGUAUAUCUCGUCAAUCACCGUGCACCUCUCACAGGUAAUGCGGAGGACGUUGGCGCAGAUUCCGCAAUUGAGAUAUUUGAGACUCGGAUUGGAAGCGACGUCCUAAAGUACGUCAAAACUGUGGAAGAUCCCAACGUCAUACAGACACCAAACGAUGUCGUCGGGACCACCGAUGGGAAAGGCUUCUGGUUCACCAAUGACCAUGGGGUCAAAAUCGGUUACGAACGCCUAAUUGAGGGAUACCUCCGUUUGUCGAGGACAUCAGUAGGCUAUUGUCAUGUCGUCGACGGGUGCAAGAUCGCUGCCAACAAACUUCAUACCUCCAAUGGUAUCACCAAGAGUCCCACGAAUGAUACUUUCUAUGUUGCGAGCUCACGAGGAGGAGGCAUUCAGGUCUUAGAGAAACAGACUGAUAAUACCUUGGUUCUGACUGAAGUCAUUCCCACCGUUGACAUGUCUUUCGACAAUCUCUCAGUAGACAAAAAUGGGGCUGUAUGGGCUGCAUCGUUCCCGAAGGGUCUUAACCUUCUCAGACGAUUCAAAGAUCUGACGAUAGACGUGCCCAGUGGUGCCGUUCGUGUGACAUUGAAUACCGGACAAAGCGCCUUUUAUGGUGGAAAGUACAAGGUCGAGAAGGUGUUCGAAGACGACGGCCAUGUUGUUCAGGGCGCGACGACCGCAGUGUACUCUCCAGAUCGGAAACUCCUCAUUCUGACCGGAAUCUCCUCCCCGCAAUUGGCUCUUUGUAGCCUGUGAAACGCGUGUUUCUGUGAAUAGGUCUUCAGGACUUCCCGUUUCGUGUUCAUCCUGCCUUCUUUUGCUUAAGUCACUACGGCAUGUAUGAAAGUUUUGAUAUAGCAUUCUAAUCUCUUGUUGGGCUCGUGAGCACUACGUCAUGAACUUCGUCCUUGAUAGCGCUAAUAGGUUGGCCUGCCAAAGCAUGAGACUUUCUCCUCGAAAUCCUGCAGUAUAUUCAGAUCAAGGGUAGGGUUUGCUAUAACG